AUGGAAGACGACUACUACUCUGUUGAAUCCAUACUUGCGGAGAACCAGAAGAUCCAAUGCACGUUCAAGAUCGAAAUCCCUGACAUGGGCCACUUGGACGGAGGAAACGAACGCGACAUCAAAGCGCUGAGCAAGAUCCAGGUACCAAUGUGGAUGGCGUACAUCCUCAUUUACUCAGACUAUGCAGACUUUACGAUCCCGCCGCCAUUCUCAGCACGCGUGCGCAGUGCGUUGAACGCAGAGGCUCGUAGCGUCAGACUCUCGGGUCUAGUAGGUCAAGGUGGGCUGUGGUACGGCUUCGGAAGGAUGAUUAUGCGACUAUUGAACGACCUACCCGCCCAAGAACUUUCUGACGUUCUGACCAAGACUUUCCGCUCCCGUCUGCCAGAGGUCAUAGACCAAGCCCAUCAUUUCGCGUCUAUCCACGCAGCAGCUGUGUCUGCGUCCGGUUCCGGCGGUGGAACUAUCACCAGCGAUGAAGCCACGAUGGCAUUCCGAGAGGGUCUUGAUGGGACAGAGCGAGAAAUGUUUACGUUCGCGCAAGAGAGCGCCCGAAGAGCAAAGCGGUGGUACGAGACGAGUGAGAGGGUACGGCGGUCAUGA